AAUAAAAUGAUGACAUGUCUAACACGUUGCAUUUAUUUUUAUUAUUACAACUAAAACAGCAUUGUCCUUAUCAAAUUGAUAAGUGAGUGUAGUGUCUUAAAAUGGACCCUGAAGCUGUGAAUAACGAACCAAGAGAUGGUAAUUUCAAAAUGCCAUCAUUGGAAGAAAUACUGCAAGCUUUGGAAAAUAUGGAAGGUAUUUCAGACGAAGAAAAAGAAAAACUGAGGGACAAUCUGAUGGCGCGUGCUAAUGAAGCAAAACCUGGAUUUAUGUCUGCUGUGGACGGUCCACCUUCUGGAAUGGCUCCAGAUUUAGCAAUUUUAUUCGGUUUGAUAACCGUUGUCGGUUUGAUUUUUGCAUUCUUUGGUUACAAACUGUACAAGUCUUUGACUGCACGAGAGAGAAGAAAAGAAGAAAAACGUCGUCAGAAGCAACAAAAAAAGAAGAAAUGAAAUAACUGUAUUUUAUGCUUCAUUAAUAAAUUUUAUUAACAACA